AUGUCUAGCUUCAUUGGUGUUCUUGUCUCUGAUCCAUGGCUUCAGAGCCAAUUCACCCAAGUGCAGCUUCGAACGCUCCAAACAAAAUUCACUUCCGCAAAGAGAUCGGAUGCUGAGCAUGUAACUAUAAAAGAUUUGCCGCCAGUGAUGGAGGAGCUUAGGGGCAUUCAGGAGGUUCUAACCGAGGAGGAUAUCACAAACUUUUUGAGCGAGUCUUACCCUGAUAUGAACCAGUCAAUCGAAUUUGAGCAGUUCCUUAGGGAGUACUUAAGCCUUAAAGCUAAGGGAACCAGCAAAUCAGGAGGCCAAAAGAACUUGAAGGGAUCAGUGUCCUUUUUGAAGGCAUCGACCACUACUCUCUUGCAUGUCAUUAAUGAGUCUGAAAAAAUUUCUUAUGUCAAUCAUAUCAAUAAUUUUCUCGGGGACGACCCUUUCCUGAAGAAUUUCUUGCCAUUGGAUCCAACAUCAAAUGAUUUAUUUAAUCUCAUUGGGGAUGGUGUUCUGCUUUGCAAGUUGAUCAACGUUGCUGUUCCCGGCACAAUAGACGAGAGAGCGAUCAAUACAAAGAAGGAUUUGAAUCCAUGGGAGAGGAAUGAGAACCACACUCUUUGUCUCAACUCUGCCGAGGCCAUUGGUUGUACUCUAGUUAACAUUGGGACACAAGAUCUGAUUGAAGCCAGACCUCAUCUAGUUCUUGGUUUGCUAUCCCAAAUCAUAAAGAUACAACUCUUAGCUGAUUUGAAUCUGAAGAAAACACCUGAGUUGUUGGAGUUGGUGGCUGAUGAUAACAGCAAGGAAGUAGAGGAUCUUGUCAACUUAGCACCAGAUAAGAUGUUGCUCAAAUGGAUGAACUUCCAUAUCAAGAAAGCAGGGUACAAGAAAACUGUAACAAAUUUCUCUACUGAUGUUAAGGAUGGUGAAGCGUAUGCUUACCUUCUCAGUGCCCUUGCUCCCGAGCAUAGCUCAACAACCCUGAUAGAAACUACAGAUCCUAAAGAAAGGGCAAAGAAAGUACUUGAAACUGCCGAAAAGCUUGAUUGUACAAGAUAUGUAACAUCUAAAGAUAUUGUUGAGGGUUCAGCAAAUCUGAACUUGGCAUUUGUUGCAGAAAUAUUCCAGCACAGAAAUGGUUUAUCAUCGAACAAUGUGGCUCCUGUCAUCGAAGAUACCCCUGGUGAUGUUAGGACAGGAUCCGUUCUGCUGGUGGUGCUUGACAAAACAAAAAGCUAUGUUUCCUUGAUUCUUUCCACUGCAUAUGGUAUUUUUUGCUACCUGAUGAACCAGUCGCAUUUGUUUUUUCUCUACCUCCGGCGAAAUUUUCCAAGGGGUUCAAACAGAAUUCCACGAGAAAAACCGGAAUAG